GAACCGAACGGAACUGCGAAUCCAGUGUUAAGUAUUUGUCCCGAAAAGUUGAAGCAAACGAAACAUUCGGUCACUUGUUGUCAAUUUAACUCAACGGCUGAUAAACUAUUGGCCACUUAUAACGAUGAAGACAUCUAUACGUUUGAUCCGAAAACUGGUUUAUCUGAGACGCGAUACAGUGGACACCGAAAUAACGCAACGGUUAAGGGCUGCGCCUGGUUUGGCGACCAGUAUAUUGUCAGUGGCAGUGAUGAUGGUUAUGUCUACGGUUGGGACUCACAGACGCAGCACAUCGUUAUGUCUCUAUACGCCGAUGAGAACGGAGUUGUGAAUUGUAUAGAGCCUCACCCGACGGCUCCCAUUAUGGCCACAUCGGGUCUGGACGAUGACGUGAAGGUAUGGGUGCCGUCAGCUAACGAGUGGCCGCAGACAAUGAAAGGCAUAAAACAGCGAAUUUGUGCGAACAUUAAAGAAAGACAACGAUCUCAUCGUAGACUCGAACGGCUCGGCGACGGCUUCGAUAGAGUGGACGGCGCUAUGGAUGCGGCGAUGCUUUACGAGAUCAUCAGACAUAUGAGGAGACGCUCACGAAGGAGGAGGAAUGGUCUCUAUAUGAACACCAAUUCAGCGAAUAAUGACAACGAAGAAGACGAUAGCGAAGACACCGACAGUGAUAGCGAUGCAGACAAUGGCCCACAAGAAUGCAUUCAAUCUUAAACUAUAUUUCAUAAAUUUUUUGAUUGUUUGCCUCUAUUUAUGUAAAUAAUUGAUAAAAAUAUGUUAAAAUAUGUUUUUAACUCAAA